AUGCAACAAUUCGGCGAGCGACUAACAGCUCUAGCCGGCUGCCAGCCCGAGUCCUCUGCCCUGCACGUCCACCCCCUGACCGAGGAAGGUAGUGAACUCGGUGACCAAAUCAGUGUCAUCAGCAGCGAAAAGCAGAAGAAAGGCGGCGGCCUCACGCAUCAACUCAGCGACACCUCCCGUCUUGCCUCCGUCGGCUGGCACACGGAUAUCAGCUUCGAGCGCGUGCCCUCAGACUAUGCGAUGUUGAAGAUUCAUACGCUUCCUGAGACGGGCGGUGAUACACUCUGGGCGAGCGGGUAUGAGGUGUAUGACCGGUUGUCGCCGGGAAUGGCAGGGUUUUUGGAGGGGUUGACGGCAACGCAUGAUGCGAGUUUCUUUCAUGAAGAGGCGAGGAGGUUGGGGAAUCCGUUGCGUAAGGGAAUUAGGGGGUCGCCGUUGAAUGUGGGGGAGGAUUUGAGUGCUGUGCAUCCGGUUGUGAGGACGAAUCCUGUGACUGGGUGGAAAUCGGUCUAUGUCAACCGGGGCUUCACAAAGCGGAUUAACGGCGUGACCAAGGAUGAAUCAGAUAUGCUUCUGCAGUACCUGUUCAAUCUCGUCACUCAAAACCACGACGCCCAGGUCCGGUUCAAAUGGAAUCGCAACGACAUGGCCAUUUGGGAUAACCGGUCGACCUGGCACUGCGCAACGUACGACUACACGGAGGCACGGGCUGGAGACCGUGUGUGCAGUCUGGGAGAGGCGCCGUAUUUCGAUCCGAAUUCCAAGUCUCGGAGGGAGGCAUUGGCUUGA